AUGCACCCUUUCGCUUCGCCGUCUAGCCACGUGCCAAUCGCAGCAGAGACAUCGCCCACGUCUGACCAAUCACCACUCCCACGACUGGACGACAUUGUACCCGAAGAAUCUGCCGAUGAAGAAGGAGGCGAACAGCCUGAUGUAGUUGAAGCAGGUUUCCUGGGUCAGAUAUCCGAAGUGCAAUGGCUGCAGAGCCUCCGAAAUAGAGUGCAGGCUGUCGAGACCGUCUUCGUUGGUCCAGGUGACAACGCCACGCAGCUCUCUCAGCCACCUUCGCCAACUUUCGAUGCAUCCCCCGCGUCUAUUCCCGCAACUCAGCUUCAACAACCAAUCUCUCUUACCAACUACUAUCUUGACGACGAAGGUAUCAAGCUCACAAACUGCGGGAAUCCUUUUGAACUACCACCAGAACAAACUGCAGCGCUUCUGUUUCAAUGUUAUACCCAGACCGUCCAGAGUUCCUUUCCCAUCCUUCCAGUAACGAUCGAACACCAACUGCAUCAGUACUACACUUUGGUCCGCAACGGCCAGGCGAUACACUGCCCGGAGAAAUGGUUUGCGCUCGUGAACCUCGUCUUCGCCAUAGGCGCCAAGUUCUCCCACCUCAUCCAGGCCGACUGGCGAGCCGACGAGUUGGACCACGUCAUCUACCUUUCGCGCGCGUUUCAGUUGCUUAGUAUAAAUGACACCAUUGUCGUCUUGUCAAUCCCAGAUCUCCUUACCACGCAGGCAAGUUCUGUUGCGCUAAAUUCCCCAUCUGACUGA